GGGAUCGCGGCGAGCACCGAGCGCUGAUGGACAAAGGAACGAACCGGACUGGUGUGACUGGAACGGUUCGGGUUUAGGAGCGCUCCCGUUCCCGUGUAUCUGUGGUCUCUUAUCCCCGCGGUGUCGCGGUUAAUCCGGAGCGCUCGGAGGAUUCGGUAGUGGUGCGCCAACGACGCUAAUUUGCGCAGAAAAUGGGAAUAACGGCCGGAUAAAGACUGCGCGUUUAGGAGAUGCGUCUGGAAUAAAUAAAUAAUCCCAGCGGGACGUUUUGCACCUCGGUUUUACACCGACAGAUUCUUUAUUAUAAGCCAUGGCGGCGGUGUCGGCGGCGCUCCCCGCCCUCCUCGUCCUCCUCUGCUCCGGCGCGUCCGGCAGCUCGGACGAAUCCCAGCGCCUCCCCAGAGGGUGCGGCUCGGACCUGGACCCGUCGUUCCGGCUCCUGUGCGACCUGGAGUCGGUGUGGGGCGUGGUCCUGGAGGCGGUGGCGUGCGGCGGUGCGGUGUCGGCCCUGGUCCUGUGCGGCGUCCUGCUGUCCCGGCUGAAGACGGUGACGGAGCCGGAGCGGCGCAGCGGGGUGGGGCCGCUCCUGCUGCUGCUGCUGGGGGCGCUGGGUCUGUUCGGCCUGUCGCUGGCGUUCGUGAUGGGGCGGGGCGAGGCCGUGUGCCUGGCGCGGCGGGGUCUGUGGAGCUGGCUGUUCGCGCUGUGCUUCUCGUGUCUGCUGGCGCAGGCAGUGAGGCUGAGGAAGCUGGCGGCCGGGGGGCGCGGCCCGUCGGGACCGGCGCUGUCGGCGCUGGCGUUCGGGACGGCGGCCGUGCAGGGCAUCGUGAGCGGGGAGUGGCUGCUCCUGACGGUGGUGCGGGAGGGGCGGAGCGCCUGCGAUUACCCGCCGCUGGACUUCGCGCUGGUGUGUGGUUACGCCCUGCUGCUCCUCCUGACCGCCUCGACUCUGUCGCUCGGCGUCCUGCUGUGCGGCGCCCGGCGCACCGACGAUGCCGCCCGGAAGAAGAGGCGCCGCUGGAGCUGCAACGCCGUCUGGCUCUUCCUGUCCUGCCUGGGCUCCCUCCUGGUCUGGGCGGCGUGGUUGGGGUUCUACCUGUACGGGGGCGCGGCCACGGCCGACACGGACGGGGAGGAGCCAGCGCUGGCCAUCGCCCUGGUGAUGGAGGGCUGGGCGCUGCUGCUCUUCCACGCCAUCCCGGAGACGCACCUGUGCCUGCGGACGGCCAAUCAGAGUGGCGAGGACGGGGGGCAGGAUUACUACGAGGCGCGGCAGCCACCGGCCUCGCACCCCUACCACGACGACGACGAGCUGCCGGCCAAUCACAGGGCGGCGUACCCGGACAGGCAGGCCUUUUCCAUAGAGGAGCACAACCCAGGCAUGCAGGCUGACGGCUACCACGCCGCCAUGAUGCGCUCGAACCCGCCCUUCCGGAGCCACGUGUACCAGCCCACCGAAAUGGCCCUGCUGAUGAACGGAGGAACGAUUCCCAGCGCUCCUCCCAACUACACCGGACGCCACCUGUGGUGAAGCCCGUCACCGCGGAUACCGGGCGGGGUCCCCGUCCGGCGCCGUCCCGCGCGGUACGGUUACUGAUCCGAGACCGGAAUUAUCGGGACCGCUGAAGUACCCGUGUCUGAGGGAGGGAGGACUAAUUUCGUCGUCAUGUGACCCGUCAAGGCGGAUCUCAGAUCUCAGAUCAGGUGGUUGUUAGUUUGUUGCUAAACUCAUUCGUCCCCCCCGGAGAUAACAGCGAAUCAGAUCAGCACGGGUACUUCCGCUAAACUCCCUCGCUUCCUUUACCGGGAAACGACGGCGUCCGCGGUCGGCGGUCAGUAACCGUACCCUGCGGUACCACCAUCACUGCCUGACAACGAAACAAGCCACUUCGACGAAACGUUCGGACUCUGAUGACGAUGAGAUGACGUCGUAUUUCUUUCUAUGACGUGUAACGUGGUGCAUUGUGGGUGAUGCGGCGAAUUUGCACUGGAAUGCCGACGGCCACGGUCAAAAGUAUCUGGACGCCCCCUUCAUACAUACAUACAUAUACGCUAGUACAGUUCUUUUUUGGGGGUAUCCCAGCUUGUUUGGAAGCUGGGGUCAGAACGCAGGGUCAGCCCUGGAUCCGAGAGGGGUAGGGGCCUCAAUCAAGGGCCCUUACGCCGCGUGGAGACCCUGGUUAGUAGUCAAGGUGAGUGACUCUCCAUACACGAGACCGACCUCACGAGCCGAUCCACCAAAGUACAGAGUCGAGAAGGUUAGGGGCCUCACUCAAGGGCCCUUACGCCGUGUAAGGACCCUGGUUAGUAGUACUUCGGUGGAUCGGCGCGUGAGGUCGGUCUCGCGUAUGGAGAGUCACACGCCAAUCAACCAAAGUACGGAGCCAAGAGGGUCAGGGGCCUCGAUCAAGGGCCCUUACACUGCGCAAGGGCCCUGGUUAGUAGCCCGAGGCACCUGUACAGAAGUAGAGGAAGGUGGAGAUUGGCGAGUGACUCUCCAUACGCGAGACCGACCUCACAAGUCAAUCCACCAAAGUAUAGAGGGUCGAGGGCCUCCCUCAAGGGCCCUUACACCGCAUAAGGACCCUGGUUGGUAGCCCGAGGCGCCUGUACAGAAGUGGAGUAAGGUGAGUAACUCUCCAUACACGAGACCGACCCCACAAGCCGAGCCACUGAAGGAUGGAGGGUCAAGGGCCAAGAGGGUCAAGGGCCCAACAGUGGCUGCAUGGCAGAGAGGGAUUCGACCUUUUAGCCUGUCGAUCAACAGCCUGUACAGAAGUGGAGGAAGGUGGAGAUCGGCGAGUGACUCUCCAUACGCGAGACCGACCUCGCACGCCAAUCCACCGUACAGAGUAUGGAGCUGACAGGGUCAAGGGUCUCGCUCAAGGGCCCAACAUUGGCUGCUUGGCAGAGCCGGGAUUCGAUCUCUCAACCUGUUGAACGACAGCCCGAAGCUCCGCCCACUAAGCUCCCAACUUUAAAGAUAAGUCGUUUCCAGUGACCUCGGCCACCACACCAGAGUCCUUCGGUCAGGCGUCCGGAUACUUUUGGCCGUGUUGUGUAUCGUCGCUAUCGACCACCCGGUCCCCCCCGACCUUUGGGAAACACACACCACUGGAGGUACGGAGCGAUACGGCGGGGACGAAGGUUUUCUAACGUCUUAGAAAAGACAAUCAAAAUUUACUAACGAUUCUUUUGUAAACGCUAAACAGUCGUCGCUCGGUUGCGAAACGCUAACGUGCUUUUCUGUUUCUUUAUUAUUUCCGUUCGCUAAUCAGGGAUGCGUUUCUGUGCACUUUACUCUCGCGCUCGCCAUUCGCUAGUCGCAUUGUAGAACCGCGUACGAGCGUUUCGUGGAAUUUCUUUCGUGAGUAGCGUGUCGGUACUGACGUCGUUCGUUUGUUUUAUUAUUAUUAUUAUUAUUAACCAGUAGGCAGUUGGACGAGUGGAUAAUAUUAGUAGCACUUUACGCCGUUGGGGGGCGGGGCUUCCGGAUCUGCGCCGACGUUCCGGCGGUCACGCGGAA